CCCGGAAGUGAUGUGAUGUCAGCAGACUGGGUGAAAAAACACACGCGCAAGCAAAACAGCAUCGUCGCCGCCGUCGCGGGCCUUCCUCAGCUCUUCCUGACGUGCGGAACUUGCGAGUCGAACCGACAGAACCGUUGAGGAGGAGCAUGUGGAUCCACCCGGAGGAGGUUCUGCUGGCCGGCCCGCUCUGGCUGUCCGAGCGGGCCAACCCGUUCUUCAUCCUGCAACGGCGGCGGGGACACGGCCGCGGAGGGGGGCUCUCCGGUCUGCUGGUGGGGACUCUGGACGUGGUUCUGGACUCCAGCGCCAGGGUGGCCCCCUACCGGAUCCUCCUCCAGACGGCCGACUCGCAGAUCUUCUGGAACGUGGCCUGCGGUUCCUCGCGUAAGGAGAUCACGGAGCACUGGGAUUGGCUGGAGGCCAACCUAUUGCAGACCGUCUCCGUCUUCGACAACGACCACGACGUCGCCACCUUCGUCAGGGGCAAGAUUUCUGGCAUGAUUGCGGAGGAGAACCGGGCGAGGAAGGGUGAGGAGCACGAGGAGGACUGCGAAAAGUUCCAGGAAGCCGAGCUGAAGAUGCGGAAACUGUUCGGGAUGCCCGAAGAGGAAAAGCUGGUCAACUAUUACUCGUGCAGCUGCUGGAAAGGUCGCGUGCCGCGUCAGGGUUGGCUCUACUUGUCCGUCAAUCACCUCUGCUUCUACUCCUUCCUGCUGGGGAAGGAAGUGACUCUGGUGGUGCAGUGGACGGAAGUGACCCAGCUGGAGAAGAACGCCACCCUGCUGUUUCCGGAGAGCGUUCGCGUGACAACUCGGACGGGCGAGCACUUCUUCUCCAUGUUCCUCAACAUCAACGACACCUUCAAGUUGAUGGAGCAGCUAGCCAACAUGGCCAUGCGCCAGCUGCUGGACAACCAGGCCUUCGCCGCUGACCGCUCGCUGCCCAAACCCCGCAAGACCCUCAAGAAAGUCUCCGUCCUCAAGAGGGAUCUGGACGCGCGGGCCAAGAACGAGCGUUACCGGAGCACCUUCCGCCUGACGCAGGACGAGCGUCUGGACGGGCACACGGACUGCACGCUGUGGACGCCGUUCGCCAAGAUGCACGUGGCGGGCCAGCUCUUCAUCUCCAACAACUACAUCUGCUUCCGGAGCCGAGAAGACGACCUCUGCCAGCUCAUCAUCCCGCUCAGAGAGGUGUCCGUCGUGGAGAAGGCGGACAGCAGCGGCGUUCUGCCGUGUCCCGUGUCCAUCAGCACCAAGAACAAAAUGAACUUCCUGUUUGCCAACCUCAAAGAUCGAGAGUUCCUGGUGCAGCGCAUCUCUGACUUCCUGCAGCGGACGCCUGACAGCGCGUGGGGGGACGGCGCUCCUCUGGCGGCCCUGGCAUCCUCCUCUGCCGUGCCCGGGGAGCGCCAUUACCACCCCGACGUGCCGACGGCCACACGAGGUCUUCUGCAGCUUUACCGCAAGGACGCUCCGGAGGACCUGGGACCCAAAGCUAUGAAGGAGAAGAUGAAGGAGGAGGCGUGGAACAUCCACUUCUCGGAGUUUGGCCGAGGAGUCUGCAUGUACAGGACUUCCAGAACCAGAGAACUGGUCCUCGGCGGCAUUCCCGAGAGCCUCAGAGGAGAACUCUGGCUGCUCUUCUCAGGAGCGCAGAACCAGAUGUCGAUGCACUCGGGUUACUACGGCGACCUGGUGGAUCAGGCCGCGGGUCUGAGCUCUUUGGCGACGGAGGAGAUCGAGCGGGACCUCCACCGCUCCAUGCCCGAGCACCGAGCCUUCCAGAACGAGACGGGCAUCGCCGCCCUGCGCCGCGUCCUCACCGCCUACGCCCACAGGAACCCGGGCAUCGGAUACUGCCAGGCCAUGAACAUCGUGACGUCGGUGCUGCUGCUGUACUGCACUGAGGAGGAGGCCUUCUGGCUGCUGGUGGCGCUGUGCGAACGCAUGCUGCCGGACUACUACAACACCAGGGUCGUGGGCGCUCUGGUGGACCAGGGUGUGUUCGAAGACCUGACGCGGGCUUUCCUGCCCCUGUUGUACGAGCACAUGCAGGAACUGGGCGUGAUCUCCACCAUCAGCCUGUCCUGGUUCCUCACCCUCUUCCUGUCCGUCAUGCCCUUCGACAGCGCCGUGCUCCUGGUCGACUGCUUCUUCUACGAGGGCAUCAAAGUCAUCUUCCAGGUGGCGCUGGCGGUGCUGCACAACAACAUGGACGCCUUGUUGGCCUGCAGCGACGAGGGCGAAGCCAUGACCGUCCUGGGAAGGUACCUGGACAACGUGGUGAACAAGCAGAUAGCGACGCCGCCCGUCCCCCACCCGCACGCCCUCCUCACCGGCGGAGACGAGCCGCCGCCCGAGAUCGACGUCUUCGACCUCGUCAAGUCCUCCUACGAGAAGUUCGGCAGCCUUCGCUCUGAUGUCAUCGAGCAGAUGAGGUUCAAGCAGAGGUUAAAGGUCAUCCAGUCGCUGGAGGACACGGCCAAACGAAGCGUGGUGAGAGCGAUGAUGACGGAGUCGGCCUUCGGCAUCGACGAGCUGGAGGAGCUCUACUGUCUCUUUAAGGCCCAGCACAUGAGCAGCCGCUACUGGGGCUCCGGCGGCUCGGCGGCGGAGCGCCACGACCCCAGCCUGCCGUAUUUGGAGCAGUACCGCAUCGACGCCGUUCAGUUCUCGCAGCUCUUCUGCGCCCUGACCGCCUGGAGCUGCGCCGGACACACGGCCACCCUGGCCCGCCGGCUCUUCAGGACGCUGGACCGCAACCGGGACGGCCUGGUCAACUUCAAGGAGUUCGUCACGGCACUCAGUGGGAUGUACCACGGCGACAUGACGGACAAGCUGAAGAUGCUCUACAAGCUCCACCUGCCGCCCGCUCUACGUCCCGAGGAGGCGGAGUCUGCUCUGGAGGCCCAAAACCUCUUCACAGAUCCAACAGCAAAAGAAGCUUCCUUCUUGUCAACUCCAGACAUGUUGGGUCCACAGGAAUUGACAUCAGGUGAGGAGGCCAAGCACGAGUCGGGCUGCGGCGGCGGCGAGGAGAAGAAAGAGGACUACAGGUACUACCUGAGGAUGUGGGCCAAGGAGAAGGAGCUAAGGCAGGAAUCCAUCAAAGAUCUCCCUCCAAUGAACCAGGAGCAGUUUAUCGAGCUGUGUAAGACGUUGUACAACAUGUUCAGCGAGGAGGAGCGUGACGAGCAGCAGCUGUACCACGCCAUCGCCACCGUCGCCAGCCUGCUGCUGCGCAUCGGCGAAGUCGGCAAGAAGUUCAACAACAACCACCGGGCGACCGCCGCGUCGGGACAGACGGAGGAGGCGCGCCGAGCGCCGGCCGACGACGACGCGCCGGGGGCGCCGACGGAGGACGCCGAUUGGUCCAUCAGCUUCCAGCAGGUCCUGGCGUCCGUGUUGACCGAGCCGCCGCUGGUGGACUUCUUUGAGAGGAAACGGGACAUCCGGGACAAGAUGGCCGCCCGCGAGGCUCGGCGGGUGGCACGCCGCCAGACCGGCUCCGCCUCCUUUGACCACGAACGCGGUGACCCCUGACCUCUGAUCUCCUCACGUGUCCUGGUGUUUGACGUCACUGGCAGCUGCCUCACUUCUUCUUUCACAAUAAAAGACUUCAGGAAGGGGAAACAAAAUUCCUGUGUUGGAGGAAAUCCAUUUUGGAAGAUUCUUUUUCCCCCAAAAAGAUUUUUUCAUUUUUUUGGGGGGGGGCUGAAAAGACAAAAACUCACAAAAUGUUUACUCAUUUUAUUCUUUUUUUUUUUUACUCCUGUAUCUUGUAUCCAGAUUUUUGCCAGAUUUUCAUUUUUAUCUGAAAAACAAACCUUUAUUUCUAUUUUAGGGGAAUCUCUUAAUGUAUUGAGUCCGAUCUUCUCAAAAAUCCCCCAAAGUGCGAUUUUUCUUCUAUGAAAUAAGAAGGAAGUCUUUUAAUGUGAAAGAGAUGUGACCUAGUUUACUGAUGGCUGGAAAUUGUCAGUUUGUUUUAAUAUUUGAGUGACUGAAAUGUAACAAAUAAAUGUGGAAACUUUUAUUAUGUAUAUGAACAUA